CGCGGCCACCGGAAGAGUCCAGGUCGCUAGCCGAGCCCGGCGAGUGGGGAGCGGAAGCGGCGGCCGCGGCGGCGGCAGGCGGCGCUGGGACCCGGGAGCGGCGGGAGAACAAGGGAGCUGGGCUGAGCCUCUGGGCCGCGCCGAGCGCCGCCGCCGCCGCCCGAGGGGCCCGGCCCGGACGCCCGAGCAGGCCGCACGCGGGCCGCCGGGCCCGAGGCCGGAGCCAUGGGGGAGACCAAGAUCAUCUACCACCUGGACGGGCAGGAGACGCCGUAUCUGGUGAAGCUGCCCCUGCCCGCCGAGCGCGUCACCUUGGCGGACUUUAAGGGCGUUCUGCAGCGACCCAGCUACAAGUUCUUCUUCAAGUCUAUGGACGACGAUUUCGGAGUGGUGAAGGAGGAGAUCUCGGACGACAAUGCCAAGUUACCAUGCUUCAAUGGCCGGGUGGUGUCUUGGCUUGUGUCAGCUGAGGGCUCACACUCAGAGCCAGCCCCCUUCUGUGCUGAUAACCCAUCUGAGCUACCACCACCUAUGGAGCGCACAGGAGGCAUCGGGGACUCCCGACCCCCAUCUUUCCACCCUCAUGCUGGUGGGGGCAGCCAGGAGAACCUGGACAAUGACACAGAGACAGACUCCUUGGUGUCUGCCCAGCGGGAGCGACCACGCCGGAGGGACGGUCCAGAGCAUGCAACCCGGCUAAAUGGAACUACCAAAGGGGAGCGGCGUCGAGAGCCAGGAGGCUAUGACAGCUCAUCUACCCUUAUGAGCAGUGAGCUGGAGACCACCAGCUUCUUCGACUCAGAUGAGGAUGACUCCACCAGCAGGUUCAGCAGCUCCACAGAACAGAGCAGUGCCUCCCGCCUGAUGAGAAGACACAAGCGGCGGCGGAGGAAGCAGAAGGUUUCACGGAUUGAGCGGUCCUCAUCCUUCAGCAGUAUCACGGACUCUACCAUGUCUCUCAACAUCAUUACAGUUACUCUCAACAUGGAAAAGUAUAACUUCUUGGGCAUCUCCAUUGUGGGCCAAAGCAACGAGCGUGGCGACGGAGGCAUCUACAUUGGCUCCAUUAUGAAGGGUGGGGCUGUGGCUGCUGAUGGACGCAUUGAGCCAGGAGAUAUGCUGUUACAGGUAAACGAGAUCAACUUUGAGAACAUGAGUAAUGAUGAUGCAGUCCGGGUACUGCGGGAGAUUGUGCACAAACCAGGACCCAUCACUCUGACUGUAGCCAAAUGCUGGGACCCAAGUCCACGUGGCUGCUUCACAUUGCCCAGGAGUGAGCCCAUCCGGCCCAUUGACCCUGCAGCCUGGGUCUCCCACACUGCAGCCAUGACAGGCACCUUCCCUGCCUACGGCAUGAGCCCUUCCCUGAGCACCAUCACCUCUACCAGUUCCUCCAUCACCAGCUCCAUCCCUGACACAGAGCGCCUAGAUGACUUCCACCUGUCCAUCCACAGUGACAUGGCUGCCAUCGUAAAAGCCAUGGCCUCGCCUGAAUCAGGGUUGGAGGUCCGAGAUCGCAUGUGGCUCAAGAUUACCAUUCCCAAUGCUUUCAUCGGCUCAGAUGUAGUGGACUGGCUGUACCACAACGUAGAAGGUUUUACUGAUCGGCGGGAGGCCCGCAAGUAUGCCAGCAACCUGCUGAAAGCCGGCUUCAUCCGCCACACUGUCAACAAGAUCACCUUCUCUGAACAGUGCUACUACAUCUUCGGUGACCUCUGCGGCAACAUGGCCAACCUGUCCCUCCACGACCAUGAUGGCUCCAGUGGUGCCUCUGACCAGGACACGUUGGCCCCUUUGCCGCACCCGGGGGCCGCCCCUUGGCCCAUGGCUUUCCCUUACCAGUACCCACCGCCCCCCCACCCCUACAACCCGCACCCAGGCUUUCCGGAGCUGGGCUACAGCUAUGGCGGGGGCAGUGCCAGCAGCCAGCACAGUGAAGGCAGUCGGAGCAGUGGCUCCAAUCGCAGCGGCAGCGACCGGCGCAAGGAGAAGGACCCAAAGGCGGGGGACAACAAGUCGGGGGGCAGCGGCAGUGAGUCGGACCACACAACACGCAGCAGCCUGCGGGGUCCACGGGAGCGCGCUCCUAGUGAGCGCUCGGGCCCCACGGCCAGUGAGCACAGCCACCGCAGCCACCACUCGCUGACCAGCAGCCUACGCAGCCACCACACGCACCCUAGCUACGGCCCUCCUGGAGUACCCCCUCUCUAUGGCCCCUCCAUGCUGAUGAUGCCCCCGCCGCCAGCCGCCAUGGGGCCCCCAGGAGCCCCUCCAGGCCGUGACCUGGCCUCGGUGCCCCCUGAACUGACCGCCAGCAGACAGUCCUUCCGUAUGGCCAUGGGAAACCCCACCAAGAAUUUCGGGCUGUUUGACUUUCUGUGAGCUCCCAGCAAAGGGAGGCCCAGCCUCUGAGGAGACCAGGAACCCUGCUUCAGCAGCCCCUCAGGGCUCCCCAAGGAUGUCCAACCCCCACACCCACACUUAAGCGUCACUAGGCUUCUGGGGAGGGCCCCAGCUUCACCAAUGCUUGAAAGACCAUGUUCUUUCUGAAAAGGAGUGUCUCUCCUCCUACUCCUUCUUUCUCUCUCUCUCUCUCUCUCUCACAUACACACCACACACAUACAAAUACACAUAUACACACAGGUGCCUACACAAGUUCACUUAAGCUUCAGGGCUGGUCCCUGCCCAGAGGGCUGGACCCUCUCUCCAAAUCCUUUCUGAGAUAAUGGGGCUGGACCCCUGACUUCUCUCUCCCCUUCUUCAUAACCCUCAAGUCUCCCACACAUGUCCCCAACAUCUUCCUACUUGGAUAAAGCCCAUAAGCUGGGUUCCAGGCUAAGAUCAGCAGAGGACUCCCCUGAUGACUGACAAACAUCCACCCCCCCACCCCAACACACACACAUACACACACAGAUCCUUUCCUGUUUUCACAUUCACAUGGCACCACAGGAACCCAAAGGCCAGUUGAAGUUGGGCAAGAGGACGUCUAAGGCUUCAAACGAAGUUCCAGAUACUUUUUUUUUUUAAUAUCAUAUUCUGCACCUUAAGACUGCUAUAAAUUCUACGGACUCACCCAGGCUCCUAUAUUUUCAGGGUGAUGGUGUCAAAAGUGAGAUGAAGUCCUUAGCUCAAGUUUUGGGGCAAACUGAUGUAGUAGCAUUUAACAAAUUCUUCCCUGGGUUUUCGUGAACAAAGGGCUGUAUUGGAAGUGCAACUCAGUUUUGCCUGCCUUCUAGAAGCUCUGGGUUUGCUUCCCAACCCAGGCCAGGGCUUCUAGCCACCACUAUAGGGCAUCUCCUGUACUUCUCACAGUGAUUCUGCCUUGUCCUAUUCUCGAGAAUUUCUCCACUAUGCUCAGGCCUUAAGUGGUGCUUUCAUCAUCCCAUCUUUGGUCUACUUCUUUUUCCUCUCUUAUUUACUCCAGAAAUGAUAUCUUCCAUUCUGAUGGCCUCAAUUGCUGCUGAUAUGCUGGUGGUUCCCAAAUAUAUAGCUCUAAUCCCAACUUCUUCCAGUCUUCAGAUCUGCAUUUUUAUUACCCAGUGGACAUCUCCAUGGACAUGUCUAUAUGGACUCAAUUCAUGUCCCCAACCAAAUGUGUUCCUCCUGAAUUCUUGUCCUGGUGACCUUCAUCAUAACCUAUGUAGACCCACCAGCUGGAAGUAUUUAUGGGCUUAAACUUCUUCCUGUAUCUUACUAGUCAGCAUAUUACAUCCUUUCCAACUCCAACAACCUUUCUGGAAUUUAGUCCUUCCUCUACCCUUUGCCUCUACUUUAAUUUACCAGAGCAUGGGAUUUUGAGUCAGGUUGGUUUGGGCUUGAAUUCCAGCUCUACUACUUUUGGUUGUGUGAUAGGAGUUAUUUAACCUCUCUGAGCCUCAGUCCUCUUGUAUGUAAAAUGAUGAUAAUAAUACCUACCUCACAGGGUUGUUGUGAGGAUUUAAAUUAGAUAUUGUACGAAAAGUGCCUAGCACAGUGCCUGGCACACAAUAGAGUAGGUGCUCAAUAAAUGGUAGCUAUUGUUAUUAUUACCAUCAUUAUUAUUUACUCUAAAUUGCCAGGCAUUAGCUGGGCACCGAUGACUCACUCCUGUAAUGCU